AUGACGCUUCUGGAGCUCAUCGGCGGGCGCCGGAACUUUGAUCCCUCGUCAUCGGCGAUGCCUGAUGCGAACAUCGCGCAGAACUUGCGGGCGAAGAUGGCGCAGGGCGAGCACAUGGAGUUUGUGGACGCAGCCAUAGCAGUGGCUGCAGACGAUGAGGAGGCAGGGAAGACGGUGGUGAAGGUGGCAGUCUGCUGCAUCCAGCACGAGCGGGACAUGAGGCCCACCAUGCAAAAUGUGAUGGAUAUGCUCGAAGGCCGGGUCGCCAUCAAUCUACCGCUGGAGGCCCGUCGUCGGUCAUCUUCUGCUGUAAAUUUAUCGUAA